GUUCGCGCAGGCGUGUUUCAUUGUUUUGACUGAAAAUGCCGUCGGUUUCGAAAACGGCGGCGAACGCUUCUCCUCAAACCGAGAAACCAACCCACUAUACAUAUUUGAAGGAGUUUAGGACCGAACAGUGCCCUCUCUUCUUGCAGCACAAGUGCACACAACAUAGACCCUUUACAUGUUUUCAUUGGCAUUUCCUCAACCAGAGGCGAAGACGACCGAUUAGAAGAAGAGAUGGAACUUUUAACUACAGCCCUGACGUUUAUUGCACAAAAUAUGACGAGACUACGGGCAUUUGCCCAGAUGGAGAGGACUGUCCUUACUUGCACCGGACCACUGGUGACACAGAGCGGAAGUACCAUCUUCGCUAUUACAAGACUGGUACCUGUAUCCAUGAAACUGAUGCCCGCGGGCACUGCGUGAAGAACGGCCUACACUGCGCCUUUGCCCAUGGCCCACAUGAUCUCCGCCCCCCUGUCUACGAUAUCAGUAGCUCUCUCACUGAUCUUCUUCAUGUGCACAGAGAGAUCCAGGCACAGGAAGCCCUCCAGAAUGGCCAGUUGGGAUCUGGAGAGGGUAUCCCUGAUCUACAGCCUGGAGUACUGGCCAGCCAAGCCAUGAUAGAGAAGACUCUUACAGAGGACCCCCGGUGGCAGGACACCAAUUUUGUUUUAGCGAACUACAAAACAGAGCAGUGCACCAAGCCUCCACGACUAUGCAGACAGGGCUAUGCCUGCCCUCACUACCACAAUAGUAGAGACAGAAGACGAAAUCCACGCAAGUUCAAAUACAGGUCAACUCCGUGUCCCAAUGUGAAACAUGGGGAUGAGUGGGGAGAGCCAUCGAAGUGUGACAGCGGAGACAGCUGUCAAUACUGUCACUCACGCACUGAACAGCAGUUCCACCCAGAGAUCUACAAAUCCACCAAAUGCAAUGACAUGAGGCAAACUGGUUAUUGUCCUAGAGGGCCCUUCUGUGCGUUUGCGCAUGUAGAAAGAAUUCCAUCCACGGAAGAGACCAUGAACUCGUUGCUAACAGCGAUGCAGUCUGGCUCCCAGGCCAACCUGGGCUCUCAGCAGUAUUCAGAGUGUCCGGUCAGCGAGUGGGGCAGCAGUGCACACUCCAUCAGCAGCAUCAACAACGGCCAAGUGGGGAAUGUUUCAUAUUCUAAUAGUCCGACUGUAACGCCAUGCUCAGGAAGCAACAGUUCAUUGUCCCCAAUCGGACCCAUCGGCAGGUCCAAAUGCUUAACUAAUGGUAGCUUAUGUUCAGAGUCCACCACGUCAAGUGUGUCAUCUCUGACGUCUAACUAUCCCAAAGCGCCCGGCUUUGAACGCGAGGAUCAGAUAAAGAACUAUAAGGGACAUAGUGAUCAAAAGAUGAUGGACCAAGACAAGCAGACACACAAUAGUGUAUUCUCUGGGAUGAACCCUCUGGCAUCCAGCAUAACGUCCAGUAUAGAAUCUAGCCUGGCCUCCAGUAUUGGAUCGGAUAGUUCCUCACCCACCACCUUAUCAACAAUGAAUGCAAAAGCAACCCCAUUCUAUCCUGGGAGCAAUACUGUGGAGUCAGUUAUAGGUUCUGCUCUUGACCUGAAUUUUUGUGACAUCAAUGUUGCCUCUCUUGAUAAAGAGUUUGAGGAGCAAGAAAACAACAGUCUUGGUUUAAGUCAAAGGAUGCUGGGAGGAUCCGCUCCGGUCAACAUUCCUGGCUCCCUUGCACGGUCUUCUUCGUUGAAUUCCAACUCCUCGCUCUCUGCCUCCCCUCUGAGCUCCCUCUCCCAGUCCCUGUCCCAGUGCCUGUUGUCAGGAAUGGCUCCACAGCAAACUCAGCCUCAGGGCCUGCUAACCAAACCUGAGCAUGGCCUUCUGGGAACACCUACCUCCUCUCAGAACUCUCUGGGUUUGAAUGGGGGAGCUAGCAGCAUAUGGGACUUUGUGAGUGGCAACUUCUCUCCCAGCCCAUCACCAGUGUUCAGCAGCCUGGGAUCCACCACUGUGAGCAGCAGCGCUGACCUGAACCGGCUCUUCAGGGAGCUGGAUGAGGCAAAGAGGAAGAUCAAGCAAUGGGAAGACGCCUGGCACCAGGUCAAGCAGGCAUGUGAGGCCUGGCAGAAAGACUCCCAUGAUGCAAAAGAACAAGCAAAGUCGGCCGAGGCGGAGCGGCAGCUGGCAGAGCAGAAGCGAGAGGACACGGAGCGCAAGCUGAAGGAGCUCCAGGGGGACUUUGACGUGCUGUGUCGCUCCCCUAGCACACCCCUGCUUAGAAGCUAUGGAGACCUGGACCAGCUCCCUCUACCAAAGCUCCACUCCAUCCAGAGCCAGCUGCGCACUGACCUAGACCUUAUAGACGGGGUAAUAUAUCAGCUUCAGUCAAAGAAAUGUAUAGUUUGCCAAACGCAUGAUCGUUGCAUAGUCCUGCAGCCUUGCCAACAUUAUGUACUUUGUAAGAACUGUGCACCUAGUAAAUCAGAAUGUCCAUACUGUAAGACAAAAAUAUUGAAGUGGUGAUGUACAAUUAUUCAAGGUACUACUUAAGGAAUUUGCCCUUUGAAGAACUACUAAUACAUAUAGUAUGCUUACAUUUUCUAAAUAGCAUUUUGUGUUUCAGUAUUCAUAUAGUAAUUCAAUUAAUAGUUUGAUUUGAACUACAUAAAUGGUGUUUGAUAAAUCAAGUACUUAAAUGUAGUAUGUAAUUUUGUAUUGUAAUGGAUCACUUCCAUUUUCCCAAAAGUUUGGGCAUCCAUAGUUCAAGUGGGCCUAAUUAGAAUUUAUCACUGAAACACAUAAGUCAGACAAUAUUAUUAGUAUUGCAACCAUCUUUGUGAAGAUUGAUUUCUCGUAAAGCACUUUGUUGACCUGGGAAUUUGUUAAAGGGUAUUUUUAAAAUUAGCUUUGAGCUGUUUUUGUUUCUUAGAUUUACAUAUUAUUUUUCUUAAUAUGCUAAUGUAUCGAGCUUUUGUGUGUACUGUGAAACAUACUAGAAUAUUUCAUGUUUCCUAUUGUUAAAUCAUGGUAUAGUUCUAUAUAUCUUGUUAGUUUUCAUAGAAACUAUAGUUUCUACUUUUCAUUCUUUAAUUUACACAUUUCCAUCAAAUAAGUACACACGUUUGAAUGCAUUUUAGGCAUCACCAGCAGCUGUAAUGUCAGUAAGGCACAUUUAUGCUAAAGCAGUUAGGAAAUCAAUUGUCUUUUUAAUGAUUUACUGAAUUGUUCAUGAUGUAGUUGUUAGAGGAGCAUGUCUUGAUGUACAUAAGUCUGACAUGGUGAAUUUUAUAGGAUUCCUACUAGCUCUCAAACAUGUCUAGAACAUAUCUGAUACUUGGCCUCUACUCUAGUCUCAAGUGCCUUGCCUUAGAUGAUAACCAUGAGCAUCGAUGCUUAGAGGAUUGUUGUAAAAGCAGACACAGGUAGUCAAAGCUUCUGCACACAUUUCUGCAUAUAUGUCUACUUAAUUUAGUUACUUUGCAUCAUAUGUAUAUGCCAUAGUGUAUUGCUCAAUCCUAUGUCAAAGUAUUUCCUCAGAUUAUAGUUGUAUGAAGAUAUAAAUCUUGUCAGUGCCUGUGUCCUGACUUCACACUUACAAACAAUAUAUUUUCCUGGUCUAAACAGGCAAUGGUGCUUUUUUGGUGCGGCUUUGAUUUAGUGGUUGAGAGUAUGCAAGCAAGGAAACAACUCUGGUGUUGUUUGUAAACAAGAUAAAAACAGGCUCUGCUAUACAUUUUAGACUAGUGUUUGUUGUAAGAUGCAUCAUUGGUGUUGAACCUGUAAGUUGUGUUUUCAAAUACGACAGUGUAAUGUGCUUAGCUAGGUUAAUCUAAUUGAAAUGACCUUCUACUGUGUUCUAAAUAUGUAUUUUUCCUCUCUCUAUAUCUCGGUCCUUUUUAAUAUUUACAGCAAUUAGUAUGUUCAGUAGAAAACCAUAUAUAUAUUCCCAGGUACACGAUUUGUAACUUAGUUAUAAGAAUUGAGAAAUAAAAUUGUUUACAUUUACAUGGAUGGUAAUUCAGAAACUCAGAAAAACUAAACUUGUGUUUCUCCUAAAAUAAAAGUAUUGUGUUCCCUCAUGUUUAUCAUGUUAAAAUGGCAGGCAAAACAAUUCUAUUGCAUGUCUUAUACGCGUCAUACGUUAACCAGCUACAAAUCUAGAUCACUGCCAGAUAUAUUUGUAUUGUCAGUCUAGCAUACUGUAGAGUCGAUCACUUCACAAGCUUUGUUGCUGCUGAGAGAAAGAUGUAUACAUAUAGUUGUAAUGCAUUUACAUUCUUGAAUGUUAUUGUGCAUACACAGUUCAGAUUUCAGACAUCAGAAGCCUAAAUUGUCACACAUGGUAAGCAGUAACACGUUUUACUUAAUAUAUAUCAAAAUGGCAUCAUAACAAUUGUUACCUAACAUUGAGACAUAUGUCAUGAUGUCUAACAUUUAGUAUACCAAGUUUAUAACUUCUAUAAUGUUAUAGUUCAAGUAAAGUACCACUUAAACAAAGACUCUUUUGAUUAAAUUGUGCAUUUCUUUUAGUCAGUAAAGGGGUACUUUUGUGAAUCUUCGAAACAUUGUUACAGGCCAUUCAAUGUACUGCUGUAGAAUGUCUCGAUUCUUAAAUUGGUUGUUGGAGAAUCCUAAUAAAGCUACGGGGCAACAGUAAAUGCUCACCCCAAUUUUUAAUAUACCACAGGUUUUUUUCCUGUGAUGCCAACUAAGUUGAUGUGGACUUGACUCAAAUGAACCAAAGUGGUGUUGUAGUUUGUUCUUGUAGUUACAUUUAAAAAAUAUGUAUUGAAAUGUACAAUUAGUAUAACAUUCUCUUCAAUGGUUCAAUGACAGAAAGAACUAUGCCAACUGCUUUUGCUGACAAUAGUAAUGGACUUGAAGCCCAUUUGUAGUUUUACCAAAGAUCUUUAUUGUUAUGUUUCCUUUUUUAUUUUUACAACUUAAUUUCAGUAAUCUAAGCAAAUCGUUAACCCGAUUUGAAACAAACCAAACAUCUUAUGUAGAUUGGUGUGCAUUUACAGAAACUAAUGGCAUCCUUUUUUGGUAAAACAAAUGACUGGUUAGCAGCAUACACAAUUCUAGUUGUCUACAAGUUAGUGACAUGUUCAUAUUCUUAAGUGGCCAUAUAGACGAGUGAGUGGAGGCUGCUGAGGGGAGGACGGCUCAUAAUAAUGUCUGGAACGGCACGAAUGGAAUUUGAUACCAUUCCGCUCCAGCCAAUACCACAAGCCCGUCCUCCCCAACCAACCGCCUGUGAUGAGUACGAUUUUGAAGUAUGUUUAUCUUUUCACUUUACAGCUAAAAUCUCUUAAUCCGUUUUAAAUAUUGAUGGUUGUGCACUACUUGUAUGCUGUCAGGAGUAUAGAGUACACUUUGACUAAUGUGCUUUCAUUUGACUGGUGUUUUCUUCACGUUUUAAUUCACAAUUUACUGCAGUCAUUGGAAAGAUGGCGAUAGUGUAUCAUUUGUUUAUUGGUUAGAUAUUUGAAUGAGUCAUUGACGGGUGAAAUGACAGAACUUGAUUUAUUUAAACCAGCAUCAAUGGCAGAUACAGACGUGAGUAAGUUUUAAGGAGCAACUCUUAUCACUCAUUCGUUCUUGGUCCUUAACCCCUCUUCAAUGUGGCAUACUAAGUAUACAUCUCCCUUUUACACUGAAAAAGAAAAAAACUUAAUCUUCAUGUUUUAUAAAUAUAGCUCUAAAUCAUUCAAUGUUAUGGCCAUGUUAAACUAAUGUUCUUUUACUAUGGACCAAUUUUAUUUUUUAUUUUUUAUAAAUCGGUGCCUUAUGUUAAAAUGUCAUAUUUUAACUGGCAUUUGAAGAGUAUUACUCUUAAUGAGGGGUGACUUCAUUGAGGGUAAAUUGUUAUAUUACAGUAAAACUGAAAAAUAAUCCAAAUUCUAGUGCCUUUAGAUAAUUGUAUGUACCAUAAUCUCCCCAAUUAAAAUCUGUGGUGGAUACCACUCAGAUGAUUUAGAUUUUUUCGAUAAUAUCACUUAAUGAUUCGAGUGGUAAAAUUUGCUUUGUCGUUCUGAAAAGUUACGAAUUCUAUGUAAAGAGCUAGCAUUCGCAAGUGAUCAGAGAAGGGCCGUUUUGAACCAGACUACAUGUUUCGUAAGGGAGGCUUAGGGCAACCUUAGAAUGAUGAAUACUGCUUCUUCAUCUGUCUGUAUUUGCCAUAUCAGUCUUCAUAACAUGCCACAAUACCUACCACCAAUAAAUAUGAUUCCUUCUGUACUCAACUUCAUUGGCACAAGAAAAAACAGACAUUUACUGUUAAAGAAAAGCACCAACUAUGACUCUUUGUUUUGUAAAUGUAAUUGAGAUGUAACAAUGCUCUGCAGUGGAUUAGCAUAAUCUAUUUUGAAUUCUUGUGAAGUGUUUGUUUCUUUGUUUUAUUAAAUAUUGUGAUCAUGGAACCUGAAGAUUUUAUGCAAUCUUGUACAUACAUAAAUUUAUGACGCUGUUCCAAUUUAGUAUGGAGAGAGAACAUGCAUAUUGCAGCAUAGAACUUUUGUAAAAACAUUUAAUUGUUCCCAAUAGUUCAUUUCAAAAUGUUCAUUUAACAUAGAAACCCUGAUAUAUUGAAUGUACCGUUCUAAAUUAGAUAUUUAAUAGGUCACUGGACUAAUACGGAGAGCAGUUCAUCCAUUAGCUAUGAUGUAGCAUCUAGUUUUGUGAAUUGCUAUACAAUGAAAUAAAUGUAAUACUUAAACACAUGCAGUUUUCCGGUCUCUGUAUUUAUCAGUGUAAUGAUUAAGGGGAGGGGGAAAUACAUUUUAUUUUCUCAGGGUUUCAGUUAUGACUGUAGGAUAAAAGAUUCUUAAAUUGUGAACUGUAGUUCAUAUGUAUUUACGCUGAUGUCGAUGGAAGUAGACAUUUGUAUUACGAAUGAGAAACAUGUCCCUUUUAUUUUGUUACAAUAAAGUAUGGACAAAUAGGACAUUGUAUGUUGAAUUAGUAUUCAACUACCCCAUAGAAAUGAUCAAUGGGAGUUCCCCUGUGUUAAAGUUGAUCCUCUUUAUGGAAUCAAAGAAAGGAUUUGGCUUUUUACUCAAAAUUAAGUAGGAGGUAUUGAAUCUUUUGCUUGUAGAGUAUCAUUAACUUGUUCAAUUGUACUGCAACAUUAUGCAAUGGUUUACAGAAUUCACAAUUUGUAUCAUCUUGGGAAUUAAAACCAUUUUUGAUCUUAAA